UAGUGACACUUUCCAGGCAGCAUAAGUUAACGUAAUCGGUAAUUUAGACAAAGUACCUUACAAAGUGUAGGCAGAUCUCUAAAGGAAAACACUAAACAGGAGAUUUUUGAGAAGUUUAAACAUCUUGAGUAACAUCUGAAUAAUGAACAGCACCUGUAGUACUGUCUUUAGUGAGCUUUUUCUGGAGGGACAGUUGUGUGACUCUGUGAUCCGAGCUGGAGAUGUUGAGUUUAAAAUUCACAGGAUCAUCCUCUGCAACUGCAGUGCAUACUUCAGGGAUCUCUUCUGCUACAAACCACUACCAUCAAACAAGGUCUACAACUUCCCCACUGUGUCUCCAAAAGUAAUGAGGCUCAUUUUGGAAUAUGCCUAUACCCAAUCUGUUGUGGUGACGGAGGACAAUGUACUGGAGCUGUUGGUGGAAGCAGACAACUUUAUCGUGACUGGCGUCAUUCAAGCCUGCUGCGACUUCCUGGAGAGGAAGCUUUGUGUAAAUAACUGCGUCAGUAUCUGCAAUCUGGCACACUUACACAACUGUCCUGACCUCAGGGGAAAGGCCUAUCUCUAUAUCCUCCAUCACUUUGAAGAGGUUGGUGCACUCUCCUUGGAGUUCCUGCAGCUCUCUGUGCAGCAACUAUCAGAUCUUAUCGAGAAGGAUGAGCUCAAUGUGAAGCAGGAGAGCACUGUGUUUGAGGCCAUUCUCAGAUGGAUCAACUAUUCCCCUGUGGAACGUGGGUGUGACAUGCCCGCACUGCUCAAGCAGGUCCGCUUACUAUUAAUGCCCACUGAGUACUUGGUUGACACUGUGAGCAGAAAUGAUCUGGUGAGUAGUAGUCCGGCAUGCAUGAAUAUGGUAACCACUGCCAUACAGAUGCUAAAUGAGUCCAAUAUGGAGAGACCUCUGACCCAAACACGCCUGCCGUCUGAAGUCUUAUUGGCCGUUGGUGGAUGGGUGAGUCAUUUCCCAAGUGACAAGAUUGAGUUGUACAAUGUCCGAGCUGACCACUGGGUGCCGCUGAGCUGGAGACACAAUGCUUCUCUGGGAUUCUACGGUUGUGCUUACCUCAAUGGAUGUAUUUAUUGCAUCGGAGGUUUUGAUUUCAUAAGCUAUUCAAGUCAUGUGAGAAGGUUCAGCCUCACCAGCCAAACCUGGACAGAGGUGGGCUCGAUGCAUGAAGAGCGGGGCUUUCUCAGUGUGGCCACACUGAAUGGCUGCAUAUAUGCUAUGGGAGGGUGCCAAAAACAAAAGAAACUGAAAACUGCAGAACGAUAUGAGCCUGACACCAACCAGUGGACUAUGAUUGCAUCGAUGCACAAGCCCAGGACAGAAGCUGGUGCUGCAACACUACACGGUAAGGUUGGUGGCUUUAACGGUAUCACUCAGUUGCGUAGUGUCAUCGCAUAUGACCCAAGAACAAGACACUGGCGCAACGUUGCUCCCAUGUUACACCCUCGCAAAAACUUCGGCAUUGCAGUGCUGGAGGACCAGCUGUAUGUGGUUGGAGGUUUCCACAAUGGCGGCUCAUUCUGCAAUGUGGAGUGCUAUGAUGAAAAGACCAACAGGUGGUACAUUGUCAGCGACAAAGGGAUGACCCAAGGUGCUGUGAUCCAUUCAAGCCACCAUCUUCAUCUCUACCACCAGCGUCUAGACUCCGGGGGGUCCUGCCCUAAUCCCUAUCACUGCUCCGAUUCCAUUCUGCCAGGAUGGACUAUCAGAGUCUAA